CGGCCGAACAUAGAACAGUUGAAUGCGCCACCGCUGCCGUAGUGGCGAGGCCUUCUACUACCGUAACUUCUACACGGAGCCCCCUUCCAGACCAGCAGGUUCACCUGAGCCAAAGCCAAGCAUACCUUAGUCGAGAUCAGAGUUGGUCCGAGUGACGCGACUUCUCUCUACCUGCUCCCGUUCCGUUUAUCGCUUUAUAGAGCCCUUUGUGCCUUUGUCGGACCUUUGUCACCCCUUGGCACCUGUGGAUUUGCGGAAAAUGUGACAAUUGUUCGGUGGUUCAAGUGGUUUCGUUCUUGACAAUAAGUGUACUAUAAUGUGAUUUAUUAUGGACAACAGUGGAUACGACUAGGCGCAAUGGCCGAAGCAGCAGCCACCACCCAAGCCGAAGACCGCCCUCUGGCCCUAUCCCGUCGAGAAUUCCCCGUUCCUUCCACGGGCCGAAGCUCUUCAGGGAGUCGUGCCUCCAGUUAUGACCCUCAGUUAGCCUACCACCAUCAGCUACCUUUACCAGCCACCAUGAGCCACCACCGCGAAUCUUCCGCUUUCGUACCUGUAGUCCCUUCCCGAAACAUGCACCCGAUGCUCUACCCCAGUGAAAUGCACCCUCUGCUCCUAGACGAAAGAACCGAAACCAGUAAAAGCAGCGACGGCUCUUCGUCUCUCUACUUGCGGAAGUCCACCAGCUUCGAGCUCAUGGUCAUGAUGAACGACAAAAAAAAGGAACUGCAAAUGCAGAGGGAAGCGGCUGCACAUGCAGCCGCCUUGAUGCUACCUCACCGUCCAGGACCUCCUCCUGGGCUUCUGGAAGGAUCAUCUUCCUCUCAAAGCCAUCCCGGUUACCCCGGUUUCCUGCCCAACAAUCCCGGAACUGCCUCCUUUCCUUUCCCCAGCAACAGUGGGCUUUUCCAGCCUGGUCCUCCGCAGAUGCACGCACACUUGGACCGGAGGCUGUUAAGGGCUCCCGGUAGGGCUUCACGGCCGAAGAAACAGUUCAUUUGUAAAUUCUGUAAUAGACAAUUUACGAAAAGUUAUAAUUUACUGAUUCACGAACGCACGCACACCGAUGAAAGACCGUACUCGUGUGAUAUCUGUGGUAAAGCCUUCAGGAGACAGGAUCAUCUAAGGGACCAUAGAUACAUCCACAGCAAAGAGAAGCCGUUCAAAUGUGGAGAAUGCGGCAAGGGAUUCUGUCAAAGUCGGACUCUCGCCGUCCACAAGAUCCUUCACAUGGAGGAGUCUCCACACAAGUGCCCCGUCUGCAGUCGCUCCUUCAACCAGCGCUCCAACCUGAAGACGCACCUGUUGACGCACACCGACCAUAAACCCUAUGAAUGUAACUCCUGCGGAAAGGUCUUCCGCCGCAACUGCGACCUGCGGAGACACGCUCUGACUCACGCCGUAGGCGACGUCCCGGCCGACGGACUGGGCGAUGGGUACAUGCCCAGCGAUAUGGAAAGCGUGUCCCCGAGACCCAGAAGCCCAUCGUUGGAUACCCAACGCGAAGACGGAAUCUCCGAAAGGACGCAGUGCCACGAGCCUUGCUCCUCUUCGAGUCCUUACACCAUGAGGCCUCACCAUGACCGUAGCGAAUUUAGGCACGAGAUAGAUGAUGACGACGAGCUAGAAGAAGAUCCAGAAAUUGACCCCGGCCAAGAAGAUCAGCCUGAGGUGGAGGUAGAGAAGGCGGAACCCGUGCCUGAGCCUCCUCCCCAGCACCAUCCGCAGCUGCAAAUUAGAAGGGAUUUGCACGCGGUGAAGUCUUCCACGAUCACUAGUGGAGCUUUGGAACACAAUUUUUUGGACAACUUCCGGAAAAGGCACUUGGAUGCGGAGAGACCGAGUUAUAGUCAGCAGAUCAAGUUGAGGUUGAUGCAUCAGCCUCCGAUACCCCACAAUAUAAUGCCUCAAAGUAUACCGAUACCGCCGUCAACGAUGAAACCACCUGAUGUUGGGUUGAAAAUGGACACUCCGGGUUCGAGUAAUAUGGCAAGUGAUUUGUCUAUGAAGAAAGACGAAUUGCCGCCUCCGAGGCCGCCUCAGAAUCCUCCCAAGAAGACUGGUUUUACUAUAGAAGAUAUAAUGAGAAGGUAAUGAUGACUUUGUCAAGUUUAGUUCCUUUUGUAAAUAUUGUGAUUUGUUUUGUAAAUAAAAGGAAGGGACUAUUUGCUCGCAAUUGUUUUACGUUUAGUUGAUUGUAAAUUGUUUUGGGGCGUGUUUUUCGUACGUGGUUCACUGUAUAUAAACGUUAGACGCACCCAAAAAGAGUUACGGUACAAACUUAAUUAAGUUGUUUAGGGCCGGAUUGACUGGAGGGUUCGGAGCGUUUUUUGGACGACAGUUGAUGAUAAGAACUGAACGCACUUCUAAUGUGGAUUCAGAAUAAUUACUGCUGGUUAUGAGGCAAGAAAAAAAUUGAGAAUUUCUAUUCCAUUAUUAAUUCAGAUUUUAGAUUUCAUAGUUUACCAAGUAAACGUUUUAAGACAUUCAUCUAAUAGGCAAGCUUUGUCCUCUAAAAUUUACGUUGAUUUUUUUUAUUUAUUAAAAUAAAGUGGAGAAAUACGAACACCUAAUAUAUUUUGCUUUACAAAUGUGUAUACAGUUCGCAAGAAGAAAUUGAUUCUGCUACAUAUAAAACGCGUUAAAACACGUAGAACUAUAAUAUUUAAACAAUUAAAAUAGUGUUUAUUUUUUGCAUUAAUGAAAGUUAAACAACUUCUUUGCAAAUAGUUCAUAGAAUCUUGACGGCAUUGAAGUGAGUCUUAAUUUAGAAAUAAUAACACAUGACUGAUAUAAAAUGCUCUGUUGAAACUUCGAAUACCUAGUUAAAGAGUUUGUUAUAAUCUGGUAAAAUUACUUGUUUAUGAUGGACAGUGUACAUUAUACAUACGUACAUACUUAAUACGUAAUAUAUCGAAUUCCAUUCAAAAAGUCAUAAAGUUAGCCUUGAUUUUUUAUAAACAUUGUGAAGUAUGUCUACAAUAAACCUAAAAUUUAAUCGAUGACAGCUGACAAGGCGGAAAUGUAAGUUAUACACAUGCGUUUUAUACAAUUUUCUUAAUCCCAUAAGUACACUAAGAGUAAACACUGUUUAACCAACACAUUAAAAUUUAGAUACUUUUUUGUUUUUUUUAUCAAUUUUUUUUUAUUUCAUAUUUUCGUAACGAAACAUAAAAUUGUUUAUUUUUAAAAUGUUUAAUGUUGUUCUUUGUACGUUUAAAAACAAUGCAAAAAUAGUAUUAUUGACAUCAAACUUUUGUAUAAAUGAUCAUCAGAACGCUUAUUUAGUUUUCUGACAUAUAUUAUAAUGUUGAAGUUUGUGUAUAUUUAAAUUUAAGAUUUCUAAAGACACCAUGAUUUUUAUGGCCAGUAUAAGACAUUUUCCUUACACAUGGGACAAGUUUUUUUAAAUUCAUUCAGUUGAUGUAGUCUGAUUAUAGCGCAAUUAAGAAACGACGACAUGUAUAUUUUUAAGAUAGGUUUUAUGGUUCUAAUUAAUUGUGAUGAUUAACUUUGCUUUCUAAAGUUCUUUAAUUUUUAUUUUGAUUGAUUCUCAAUGGCUUGGAAUUUUUUUGUGAACGAAUAAAUGAUAUAAGUUUUUUCAUUUAUUUAUUUAUUUGUUAUACAUGUCCCUAUUUAAAAAUGGUGAAAUUAUUAAAAUAGUUUAUUAGAAAAUAUAUACAGGAUAUAUUUUACUAUCCGAAUGCAUGUAAUGUUGUUUUUGCUAGACGCUCAAAAUAAUCAAAUCGUUUGUUAAUUUAAGCAAUUGCGGGAUAACAAUUCGAGAACUUACAACCUGAGGUUACGCUUCGUCGAAAUUAUUAUAUCUUAGCUGUCAGAUUUAGAUCGGGAAGUGGUUGACUGAUGCGACCAGUUCUCCUCCAAACUGUAACUGAAAGUCUCGUAACGCGAUCAGCGUGUGGAAAACAAUUCGAAGUUUUGCUCGGAUCACUCAAUACGUUAUGUAAAUACGUGAAUUCAUUAAAAACUUAUACAUAUUUAUCGCUCAUUAUUUACAAAAUUUACAGUUUUUAUUGUGAAACUGUCAUUAAUGUCCAUUAAUAUAAAGUUUAAUAUAAAUCGACACACCGGCCCCAAAGCGUUAAUCCGGCCCUGAAUUUUAAGUUAUUUUGGGUAACUUGAUGAGAUCAAGAACCCUUGUUCAGCGUAUUAUUUAGAACAAAUCGAUCUCAGACACAAACAGAUUGAGGUUACGAUAUUAAUGUAAAUUUAAAAUAAAUUUUGUAUAAGGUUUCCCUUUUUAGUUUAGUGUAGUUUUUGAAAACGUGAUGUAUAUUUGGAAAUUUUGAAUAAAGUAUUUUAUUAUA